AUGAUGGUUCCUGCCUCAGCAGCGUCGAAAACGAAGCCCCAACGGUUGACCAGCUUCGGAAAAUCUGGCGGAAGUAGCGUCAAACAGAAGCUCCUGGAAUGGUGUCGUCAGAAAACCCGAGGUUACCAGCACGUCGAUAUCCAGAAUUUCUCCACCUCCUGGAAUGAUGGGAUGGCGUUUUGUGCCCUAGUCCACAAAUUCUUCCCGGAUUCCUUCGAUUAUUCCACACUGGCUCCCAAAAACCGGAGGCAGAACUUUGAGCUGGCCUUCAGCAUGGCGGAGACCCUGGUGGACUGUGCCCAGCUGUUGGAGGUAGAUGACCUGUUGUGCACAGAGUCUCCAGACUGGAAAUGUAUCUACACAUACCUGCAGGAACUCUACCGCUGCCUGGUACAGAAAGGACUCAUCAAAACCUCACCCUAACAUCUCUCCCCACUCCCCCAGCACAUGGUGAGAAUCUUCACAUCAUUCACCCAAUCCCACCCAGAAUUCACCGCAGCAAAUUAUCGCCUUCCUGGCCCGAGUUUAUUCAGCAGACCAGCCCUUCUCUACAGGUAAAUGACCCCUUUUCAAACACGCAGCAGGGAGCCUGUUUAAGCAGGGAG